CUCUUCUCUAACUUUUCUGUGCUACAACAGAUCCUGGGAAAGCAAGUCUCUAUCAUUCAUCCCCUCUUACACACACUCAGACACACCCACCUCCUCCUUCACGCAGACACACAGUUAUGCACCAUCAUUCUCACGUAAAAUUCAGUCGAUAAUCUCCGAAAACACCGUCGCAGGAUUAUCAAUCACAGAUCAUUUUUUUCCCCCUGACUUGGAUGAACUUUUUUGGUGUAUUUUUAGAGGAUAUUUCUCCCCCGCUCCCCUUUGUCAAGAGGUCGCCUGGAUUGGGGAGAUAACAAUGAUUCAUUUAGCAGCACUGAUAACAACGGCGAAGAGCUGGAGUCGAUGAUUGUGGAGUGGAAUUUAAAGAAGGGAAUUUGCCAAGAGAAGAACAGGGAGGAGCUGGUGAUCGAAGGAGGAAGAGCAUGGGCCGCUCCUCUGUGUGGGUCUUUCUACUGUCCCUUUCUCUGUCUCAUCAAAGCGUCACAGCACAAGCUGAAGCAUGCCGGACCGUGGGGCAAGCGGACAUUGCCUUUCUGGUGGACGAGUCGUGGAGUGUGGGGAGGACCAGCUUCACCAGGGUCAAAGCCUUCGUCUCAACCAUCGUCUCCUCGUUCCAAGAUAAUGUGAUGGGCAAUGAGGGGGUCCGCUUUGGAGUCACUGUCUUUGGCGACGUGCCAAGGAUGCCGAUCGCUUUGACCGACUACAGCUCACUGGAGGAGGUUCUCAGAGCCAUCAACGACCUCCCCUACGAGGGUGGAUCCAGGAGAACCGGAGAUGCCCUCCGGUUCCUGGUUGACCCCGUGUUCAGCCCCGUCAUAAGUCGAGACCACACGCCAAAGAUUGCUGUUAUGAUCACAAACGGACGCUCAGACGACCAGGUCGACGCCGCGGCCAAAGCUGUAGCCGACAAUGGGAUUUCUCUCUUCGCAGUAGGUGUUAGCGGUGCUGAUGAGUCCGAGCUGCAGAGGAUUGUGUCGAAGCCACACGAGGAGCACAUAAUACUGGGCGCUGACUAUGCUCUCCUGGAAAAAAUCCUUCCCAAACUGUCACGCAGAGUGUGUUUUACCGCCUCUGAACCACCACUACCUGUGAAAACCUCUGCACCUGUUGAAGAACCUGUGGUGGGUCCCAAAGACCUGCAGGUGAGCGAGUUGGCUCACAGUUCCCUCCGACUGACAUGGAGCCAGGCCACAGGCGAUGUCACCGGCUAUCGUCUCCUGGUCUACCCGCUCAGCUCCAGCGGACAAGCCUCCCCGCUACAACAGAGACAAGUUGACCUGAAGGCAGAUGUGAGCACGGCAGUGGUGACGGAGCUCACGCCGAAAACCGACUACUCCCUCACUGUCUACGCCAUCUACCCCAGCCUCAUAGGAGACUCCGCGGCGAUCACCGUCCAGACAACCCCUCUGCCUCGGGUAUUGAACUUCCGUGUUAUUGAGGAGGGCCUGUUCUCCCUGCGCCUGGGCUGGACGCAUCCUCUCGGGAAGCUCAACGGAUUCAAGAUCUUCAUCCCAAGAUCCAACCGACCAGGAUAUACUUAUGAGAACUUGCUUCCCGGUGACACCUCUUCUCACAGGAUUGACAACCUGGAAGAGGACAAGAAGUAUACCAUCAGUAUUUAUGCUCUUUACUCCCAAGGACAAAGUGAAACGGUUUCAGUAGUGGGCAGAACAUUGAAGCUGGUACAAGUUCAGAAGUUCCUGGUCGAAAACGCCACCACGGACACUGUGCAGGCGAGGUGGGCAUCAGUUAAGGGGGCCUCGGGGUACCGUCUGACAUGGGAAUCCCCAGACGGCCACAUAGAGAACAUAAACCUCGGGGACAACUUUAACUUCUACAUGAUCCAGGGCCUCCACUCAGCCUCUGAGUACACCAUCACCAUCAACCCCAUCUUUGGAGACAUCGAGGGUCCCAUCACCUCCACCAAAGUCAAGACAUUGGAAAGCAGCGCGGUGCAAACGUUGAAGGUGUCUGCUGUUAGCACCAGCAGUGCUGUUGUCUCAUGGAACAGUGUCCCAGGAGCCACCGGGUACAGACUGGCCUGGGGACCCACCCCAGAGUUUGUUGGUCGGGACCGUCCCAGGCAGUUGGCUCUGAAUGGCAGCACCACUGAGCACCAGCUGAAGAAUGUAGCGCAUGAUACCGAGUACGUCCUGUCUCUCUACGUGCUCUUUGGACCUUCGGUGGGACCCGGUAUGAGUGCCACCUUCAGAACUUCUCCGUUGGGCUACGUGUCCAACUUCAAGGUGUCGUCGUACACCAGUACCUCCAUAGAUGUAGAGUGGAGUCCGAUUGUUGGAGCUACUGAGUACAAACUGUCUUGGACCACAGGUGACAGCAGCCCUCGGUCCCAUUACCUGGAACGUAGUGCUCUUUUCCAUCGUAUCACAGACCUGAACCCACAGUCCACGUACACAAUCACUAUUUGUGCAGUUUAUGGCAACUCAGAGGGACCAGAAAUUUCAUUAUCUCAGCUCACAGCUGCUUUCUCGGGUUCGCAGCCAAUCCCGGCAGUUAGGGAAGUGAAGGUUGUCGACAUCGGGGUCAACUUCUUCACCCUGUCGUGGAGGAAAACAAAAGGGGCAUCUGGGUACAAAAUCUCCUGGAUCCCCUUCCUUGGGGGAGAUGAGAAGUCCCAGGUGGUGUCUGCCGCAUCCACCACCUACACCAUCGGCAAGCUGCGGGAGAGCUCGGCUUAUAAGAUCCAGGUGUCCUCCGUGGUGGGCAACAGGGAGGGAAGCCCACUCCUGCUCACUGCACGCACCUUGGAUCUUCCCAAGGUGAAUGGCUUUGCUGCUCUUAACACCACAGACAGCAGCACUGUUCUGAACUGGACGCGUGUGGAUGCUGUUUCUGGAUACCUUCUCUCCUGGAGGCACAUUUCAGUGUUAGAGACCAAAACAGAGACCCUGGGCCCAGGUUUCAGCUCCUAUAAGAUCAGGGAUUUGCUGUAUGGGAGAACCUAUAUUUUUACCAUCAGGCCUUUGUAUGGAGAAAUGGAGGGGCCUAUAAGCACCGUGUUUCAGAGAAUAGUGGGACAGGAUCCCCCGGCGGUGACGGUCCAGCCUGUGCCAGCCACAGCCGCCCCUCCCAUCACGACCGCCUCCAUCACCAACACCAGGGUCCCUCACGCAGUCACAAGGACCACCCGGCACCCCAUCGCUGCGCCGCCAACGAAAUCCAUGACCACCGAGAAGCCUCCGGAUCAGCCCAGUGUCUCUGUAGCGAAAGCGGCAGAAGUCCCCUCAGUUCCAUCAACCACACCUCGUGCAGCUCCACCGAAACAUGUGUGCGGUAAGACCAAAGCAGACAUAGUUUUCCUCGUGGAUGAGUCCUCCAGCAUUGGCGCCAACAACUUCAUCAAGAUGAAAGACUUCAUGUUCCGGGUGGCCACGUACUUCCCCAGCAUUGGUCCUCAGGGGACACAGAUCGCCGUGGUUCAUUACAGUGAUGAGCCUCGAAUUGAAUUCCGUCUAAGUGACUUUAAAGACAGAAACUCGUUGCUCAAGGCGCUCAGAGCACUACGUUACGCAGGAGGCAACACCAGAACAGGAAAAGGCAUCAGCUACGUUCUGCAGGAGCUAUUCCAGGAGUCUCUGGGGAUGAGGCAGGAUGUGGCCCAUAUUCUGGUUCUGAUUACGGAUGGCAGAGCCCAGGAUGAUGUGCUUCCACCCUCCAGAGUUGCACGUGCUCUGGGUGUCAGCGUCCUGGCCAUUGGAGUUUCUAAUGCAGACAUGGAGGAGCUGAAUAAGAUAGCAGCACCCACCAGCUACAAAAACAUCUUCUACUCACCAACCUUUGAUGACUUCCCUUCCAUAGAGAGAGAAUUCAUCAAUGUCAUCUGUAAUGAGGAGGUCCUUUCAGAGUUCAAACUUAAUGAUGAGUCCGCUCAGCUGGACACCCCGACUGAGGACCCAGAGGAGCUGCUUAAGGCUCAGGGUCCCUGCGCCUCUCAGUGUGUGAAGGGUCAGAAAGGGGAACCGGGAGGUGGUUCUGGUCUCGGCGGUCUGAGAUUUCGGCAAAGCCCAGGACAGUAUGAUCCUUUUACUUCAACCAAAGGAGAAAAGGGAGAAAGGGGGCCUCCUGCAACCGAUGGUAUUCCUGGGUUGCCAGGACGACCAGGGAGACCCGGACCCCCGGGUUCUGCUGGCCAACGGGGCCCUCAAGGCGCACACGGUGAUAUGGGUCCACAUGGGUUCACUGGUCCCAAGGGACAGAGAGGAGAGAGAGGAGAGCCUGGAUAUGUCAUAGCUGGCGCCGAUGCAAAUUUCGUUCCUGGUCGUAAAGGAGAGCCGGGCUCUUCGGGUCCCCAGGGGCCUGCUGGCGUACGAGGUGUCAAUGGAGCUCCAGGGCUACCUGGCCAACCAGGAUCACCGGGCCCACCAGGACUCUCUGUUAAGGGAGAUCCUGGGGAGCUGGGAGCAAAAGGCUUACGUGGGAAGCCGGGUGUGAAAGGAGACAAAGGAGAUUCGGGAAAAGAUGGUCUUGCCGGUUUGCCCGGCCCUAUUGGCAUUGAUGGGGUGCCAGGCUUACCAGGCCUGAUAGGAGAGAAGGGUGAAGAGGGAAUUGGUAUACAAGGUAUUGAAGGUCCUCGUGGAGAGCCGGGAGAGAAGGGAAAUAUUGGCUUAUCGGGACCAGUUGGCCCAAAGGGUGAUCGUGGAGAACAGGGCAUCCAAGGAAUCAUCGGACCCCGGGGAAAGAAGGGAUUCAAUGGGGAACAAGGGAACAAGGGAGAACAAGGAGAGAUGGGACCAAGAGGACCACAAGGACCCACAGGAUUUACAGGGCCAUUAGGGUUAAAAGGAGAUGAGGGUCCAAGGGGACCCCCUGGCGAUCCUGCAAAGGGCAUAAUUGGCCCAACUGGAAACAAGGGGGCCAGGGGAGAUGUUGGUCCAGUAGGCAUCACAGGUCCCCAGGGGAUAAAGGGUGACCGAGGAGACAAAGGAGAAAUGGGAAGUCCCGGUUUUGGGGUUCCAGGACUGCGGGGACAAAAGGGAGAAAAUGGAGAGAGGGGAAAUAUUGGUUUGUCAGGAAAACCAGGACCAAAAGGGAACGAUGGCUCUAAAGGGGAACGAGGCCCCAUUGGGUUAUCCGGCAAUCCUGGAGAACCAGGAUUAAGAGGUAAAGAUGGUGCAGCUGGAGCUAACGGAGCACAAGGACCAAAGGGAGAGCAGGGAUCACCUGGAGAGCCUGGGGACAGAGGAAUUAGGGGUCCACUGGGGUUACCAGGGCGACCAGGGGACCACGGAGGCAAAGGAGAUACUGGAACGCCUGGCCUGUCUGGCACUGAUGGAAAGAAGGGCGACAAAGGGGAACAAGGAAAGCCUGGACCUCCGGGAGGACAAGGUGUUGCAGACCACAACAUACUGACCAGAGUUAUCAAGGGUGAGCCAGGAGAGCCUGGUCAGUCUGGUUUGAGAGGAGAAACCGGUCUGCCGGGACCUAGAGGUCCAGAGGGGAAACCUGGAGCACCAUCUCUGGGUGUUUCUGGAAGAGAGGGACUUGAUGGUUUACCAGGAAAACCGGGAAUGAAGGGUGACCAGGGGAAAAAAGGAGAACCUGGUCUGAGGGGGGAUAAAGGAGACCAAGGACGAGGUGGGAUUGCCGGGAUGCCUGGUUUACCAGGAACGCCAGGGAGACCUGGCAUUGACGGGAAGAGAGGCCUGCAAGGAAAAGAUGGAGAGCGAGCACCGAAAGGAGAAGAUGGCAAAAAGGGGGACAAGGGGGACACGGGUGCAAAUGGUAAAGAUGGCAGCAGGGGGGAACCAGGACCUCCAGGUCAACCCGGCAAGCAGGUGCUCGUCACACCAGAGAGCGCCGCCAUUGAUGAAAUGCGAGAAGCAUUUCCUGUUCCAAUGGGUCCGCCAGGAGCGACUGGCUCACCGGGAUUGAAGGGGGAUAAAGGAGAAAGGGGCCUGAAAGGAGAAAUGGGUGACGCUGGAGCUCCGGGGAAAUCUAUUGAGAUGAAGGAAAUCGAAGUGAUGUUUGAAGCCUACGGUAUAAGGCUGCCUUUGCUCAAGACUUUGAUUGACAGGCUGCUGCAGGAUGGAAUAGAGGAGCUUCUUCAUGUGCUCGGCAACUCCAAGAAAACAAAAGAAAAUACAGAAACUCACACCUCCAACGUCAUCACUGAGUACACGAGUUCAGUGAAGUUUGACCUCACCAGCGAGCCGCAGAAAGAGUUGGACACCACCCAGGAGCCGGAUUCAAACGGGUCGCUGACCGUCGAUCUUCUAAGGGGAGCCGCAGAGGGGCCGACUUUAUGGACCGUCACCACCCCGAACGGAGAGCAGGAGCUCCACAGGGAUGACGCCAGGUUAAAGGACUCCGGAGGCAAAGAGAUAGCAGAUUAUGAUCGUGAAGGCGCAUCAUCCCUGCAAAUGAAUCUGACAGUAGUCAACUCAACAUUCAAUUCUACAACUACACAGGAGACGGUUGCAGGUUUGCCGGAUACCGUGGCGGAGACCGUUGUCCUCAUUCAGGAUUCACUGAAGAAGACCUCUGGACAAAAGAAGAAGAACAGGGAACGUGGGAAGGGCAAAGGAAAUCAAGGACGGCAUAAGAGGCAGAGACAACGCCUGGCAAGUGAUGGGGACAAGCAAGAAGAAGAGGAAGAAGAGGAGUUUUAUAACAGCGAAGAAAACAGUUAUGAAUACGAGGAAGAACUUUCCCCAUCUGACUCUUCGGGUCACCAGGAGAAGAACAACAGCAGAAAGGAGGAACAAUUGCCCACACCCCGUCCUGCUCAGACAGAAACAUUGGUGGGAGCCUCCAGUCAUCCGCCAACAUCCUCUGCAGACAGACACAUAGAUGCAGAGGAUGAAGUGUCACUUCCCACACCGCCCGUCACAACAGAAGAACCAGACGAGGAUGUCUCUUAAGUCCCAAGACAUUGUGACGAUAGGGUGAUAAGCAUUCAUAAGAAAGGCCACACUGCACCGAACGUGUGAAUAAACUGAAGUGUUUUGCUGGUGAGGAGCCCUCAACCUGACCAACACGAGGAAGGACUUCUUUCCACACAGAGACCAUGUCACCCAAUCAAACAUAUUGACAUUGCGAAGUUCAUAUCUUUAUUUUGAGCAGAGAUGUGUAGAAAAUCAGGCACUGUUGAAUGUUCCAUAUAUUUUGUUUUCUUCAUUUUGUGCAAUGUAAACCUCAGUGUAGCCUACAUCUUGUCUACAACUCAAUUUAUUUAUUCAGACAAAUAUUUCUCUGUAAUGAAUCGGGUUAAACACAAAGGUUAUGCCACCAAAUUCAAUAUAUCUCCUUUUGACAAGUUGUACGGGAAUUUUAUUUAUUGAAACUUGGAAUAUGUUGUGUGUUUACUUCACCUUUGAACGCCAACAAUGUGUAGUGGCACUAUAAUCUUAUCUGUAUCCAGGUCAUACACUCUUUUCACUGGUGAAAUUUUCUCUGUGUUUAACUUUGCUGUGCAUGAAUCUUCAGUAAAAGAAUAUUUGAAUAAC